AUGAGGUUAUCUAGAAUGCAGUGGUUGGAUGUUCCACGCAUCAAUGUGUGACAUAUGCACAUUUGACUGUAUAGGCUUUCCCGCCGACUAAGACUACAUUGACAGAGAAAACGAGUUAUAUUGUAUCCAUUGACUUCACUCAUCUGCUCUAGCCAAUCUGUCCAUGGCUCCGACUUUCAGUAUUGUCUUCUUGGUAAUUGCAUUGAUGGGUUCUUGUUAUGCAGAAGACGAGCAAGUCAGAAUACUGUUAGACAUGAAGAGGAUGGUACAAGAUCCAACAAAUGCUUUGUACAACUGGGACAUUUCUUCUACUUCUCCUUGCCAGUGGAAUGGAAUCACCUGUAACAAUGCAAGUUUAGUUACUGCUAUUAAUCUGGAGAGUACAGGACUAAUAGGUCCUAUUUCUUCUUCUAUCUGUGGGCUUAGUGCCUUGAAAGCUAUUCAGCUGGGUGAAAAUUCUAUGUAUGGAAGCAUUGCAGAUGUGUUUUGGAAGAACUGCAGUCAGUUGGAAAUAUUGAAUCUCACAACCAAUUCAUUGACGGGAUCUCUGCCAGAUUUCUCUGUUCUGAGCUCGCUGCAGGUUCUGGACUUGUCAAAGAACAAAUUUUCUGGUAAAUUUCCUCUUUCUGUCACAAAGUUGUUUAAUUUGCAUUCUUUAGAUUUGAAUGACAAUCCUCUAGAUCCCAAUAUCAUACCCGAAGAGAUAUACAGUUUGAAAGACCUGAAUAUUCUGUGUUUGUCCAACAUUAGCUUGUUGGGAACCAUUUCACCAUCCAUUGGUAACCUUACAGAGCUGGUAAAGCUAGAACUUUCUUACAACUACUUAAAUGGAACUAUACCAAAAGAAAUUACAAGGCUUUCCAAACUUUAUCAGUUGGAGCUGUACAAUAAUUAUCUUGCUGGAGAGAUUCCUGCAGGAUUUGGGAACCUCACUUCUCUUAAGCGUUUUGAUGCCUCCCAAAAUUUUCUCAAGGGUAAUCUUUCUGAGAUUGCAAACCUGAAAAAUUUGGUUUCUCUUCAACUCUAUCAAAACCAUCUUUCUGGGUCAAUACCUGAGGAGUUUGGGGAGUUCCAGUAUCUCAAGGACUUGUCUCUGUACACUAACAGUCUUACUGGGCAGGUUCCCCAGAAGCUGGGGAGCUUGUCCGAUUUGAGUGCCGUAGAUAUAUCAGAGAAUCUUCUUACUGGUCCUCUGCCUCCAGAUGCUUGUAAAAUAGGAAAAUUGACAUUCUUCCUCGCUCUCCAAAAUUCUUUCACAGGAGGAAUUCCUGAAUCAUUUGGGAAUUGUUCCACCCUGACCCGCUUUCGGGUCAACAAUAACAGUCUCAGUGGUACGGUCCCUCCGGGUAUCUGGGGAUUGCCUUAUCUUUACAUAAUUGAUCUAAGUGACAAUAACUUUGAGGGUGAAAUAAGUAGAGAAAUUAAAAAUGCAAAGAAUCUUUCUGUUUUCACCAUCCAAAACAAUCAUUUCUCAGGAAGCAUACCGUCAGAAAUUGGACAGGCAUUGCUCUUGAACAAAAUGGAUGCAAGCAAUAAUCAAUUCUCUGGAGAGUUACCUAAAGAAAUAGGAGGCUUGACAAUGCUCAGCAGCUUGCUUUUGCAGCAAAACAUGUUCUCUGGUCCAAUACCAGAUGCAUUAGGGCUCUGCACGGAUCUCUCUGAAAUUAACCUUGCAGGAAAUAAACUGAAUGGUCCCAUUCCUAAAUCGUUUGGAUCCAUAAAAGUUCUCAAUUCUCUGAAUCUCUCCAACAAUCAACUCAGUGGUCAGAUUCCAAAUACCCUUUCAGCAUUGCAACUAAGCUUACUGGAUUUUUCCAACAACCAGUUGACAGGGCCGGUCCCAACACAGCUGAUUAGUCUUGCAAGCAAGAAUAGCUUUUCAGGAAAUAAGGGGCUUUGUGUGAAUAAAGCCAAUUCAGUAUCUCUAAGCCCAUGUGCUGCUGCUUCUUCUUCUUCUAGAACAGGAUCUCAUGCUAGAAUCCUACUUGCAAGCUUCAUGUCUGUAGCUACAGUGAUCAUUUUUGUAAUAGGUUGGGUUUUAUACAGGAAUAUGUACAAAGAACCUGAAUCCCUAUCCUGGGAUCUCAGGUCCUUUCACAGGGUUAGAUUAACUGAGGAUGACAUUCUUCAUUGCCUAAAGGAAGAGAACAUAAUAGGCAGUGGCGGAUCUGGAAAGGUCUACAAAGGAGAAUUAAGCAAUGGAGAAAAAAUUGCAGUGAAGCAGCUAUGGAAUAGCAACACUGCGAAACUCAGUCAUUCAAGAGAGGAAGAAUUGAGAAACCGCCAAUUUGAGAUGGAGGUGGAAACAUUGGGCUGUAUCAAGCACAGAAAUAUAGUGAAGCUGUAUUGCUGCUUGUCCAACAGAUACACAAAUCUCAUUGUAUAUGAAUACAUGAAAAAUGGCAGUUUGUGGAACAGAUUGCAUGAGCAGAAUAUGGGUUCAACUUUAGACUGGCAGACACGCUAUAAAAUAUGUCUGGGAACAGCUUAUGGGCUAGCCUACCUGCAUCAUGACUGUGUUCCUGCUAUUGUUCACAGAGACGUGAAAUCCAGUAACAUAUUGUUGGACCAAGAUAUGGAGCCAUGUUUAGCUGAUUUUGGUGUUGCUAAAUGCCUUCAAGUCAGUGGAAAGGGGAAUUCUACAGCUGUCAUAGCAGGUACCCAUGGCUACAUUGCUCCAGAAUAUGCAUACACAUAUAGAGUGAGCGAGAAGAGCGAUGUGUACAGCUUUGGGGUUGUGCUGAUGGAGCUUGUGACUGGCAAACGACCCAUGGAGGUUGAAUUUGGAGAGAACAAGGGAAUUGUUCAUUGGAUCUCUCACCAAAUUUCCUCCAAAGAGAAUGCAUUGGGGGUGUUGGAUAAGAGGGUUUCUGAAUUUUGCGAGGAGGUGAUGAUGAAGGUGCUUAAAAUUUCCGUGUUGUGCACCAGCAGUCUUCCUGCACUGAGGCCUUGUAUGAGAGAGGUGGUACAAAUGUUGUUCGAAGCAGAUCCCUGCUUGGAAUCCACUCAACAUCUUGUUAAAAGAUCACUCUCCAGUAAGAUAUGAUAUAAUUUUAGAUGCCUACGAAAUUAGAUUGUUUUUCAGAAAUGCCAUAGAGCUCAGAUUCAAAUUACAUACAAACAGGGCCCUGGAUAAUUCAUUUCAAUGUAGUAAGCUACUACAAGUACAGCCUGCGGAGAUGUUUAUGUCUGAAAUGACUAUCCAUUUGGAUGGGCUGCAUGAUGUGAUGACAAGGAGACACUUUGAAAUUGACUUGCUUGUACAGUACUGCAACACCUUCGAUGAAAUGAGGGAUGUGUUAGCUAGGUAUAAGUGGCAAAGAGUUUCAACUUUCAGAACAGGAUUUUGUUGCAAGCUCUUUCCCUCUGUAAUUAUCCCACACUCAAUGUGAGUAUACAAUAGGAGGGAUAGAGGUCUCCGUGUCUUAGUGCCUAAUUCUAUACAAGAAAUGGGGAAUAAUUGUAUUUUAGAAGAAACUAUCCAAGUUUUCCAAUAAAUGCCAACAAGAGUCAUGUUUCCUAAUAAGAUUUAAAUGUCUUGAGUUACUGGCUAUGCCAAGAAACUAUCCCACAAAGGCACGAUUAAUUUCUUUAAUGUAUUGAAAUUAAAUCUUUUUUAAUGUUCAUUAUUUACUUA